GAUAUAGGAACAACAUAGCCAAUACUGGCGUGAUGACGUCAUGGGACCAUUUGCCAUUGUAUUGCUCAUACAUGUAAACUAAUAACAAUGGCCGCCCCAAUCUAUUGUCUUUAAAUCUCGAGGGAAUGACUGAAAUCCAGCAAUUAGUGACUGACGAAGCACGUAGACAUCGACCUUCCUGUAAAAUCACUGAGCCAGGAACAUUCCAGUUAAUCAUGAAGAGUAAGACUAAUGAGCAAAUACUGAAAAAAAUCAUAAUUUAAUCUAAGAGAAUAUUUGAUUCAAAUGAAAUGGGUCAUUAGCCGUACAAUUUAGAUGGAUUUUCACAAAAAUCAAGCAGACAGCUUACAAUCCAACAGCAAAUAGCAUUCAUGACAUACUACGUCAACGGUAUGUAUAUCGGCUGCUUUCAUGAAUAUUUGCUUUUUCCAUAUUGCGCUCGAUUGCUUUUUAGUUAUAUUGAUGAUUAUAGACAAAGUGGUCCAAUUUGGCAUUCCAAAGCACAUGAUAGUCUAGAAGCCCCGUUAUGAUCUCGCAAUCUCGUGCUCCCAGUCCUAACUUCUUUCAGCUGUGAAAGGUGUCACUAUCAAAAAGUUAAAUUAAGUAACUGCAGAUGACGUUUGAGUUUUUUUGGUCAUCUUUCAUAAAGAAGUACAAUGGAGUUGUAUAAUACCCAUGAGACRACUAGAGCUUUUACUUAAUGGUAUUAAAGUCCAAUUGUCAAACAACAAAACAGCAAUUGUGACAAUAUUUCAAAAGAAAAGAAAAACUACUUUUUGUAUGACCACAACAGAAUAAUAUAUAACUAUGACGUAGAUCAAUGGCUUUUGUUGACUGCACUUAAAUUUUUCGAAUCAGUGCUCGGAAAGUAAUGUUAUGAAAAGGAACGCUAAAGUCCUUCCUGACUCUAGAGAAUAGGCUACAUCAGCUGGGUGAAGCCAGUCAAAGAUGCAGGUCAGGCAACAUUGCUCCAAAAGGUUCGGUUUUCUACUCGUCCUGUUGGUACUAGGUCAGGAGUUCAAUCACGUGAUCAUAGCCGACGCCUUUACUGAUAUCCAUGGCAACCAGGUGCCCAAUGAGAAAGAACCCAACGCAGUAACCCAGGCGUACAAUCAAAUUGUUUUGCACAAAAACACUUCUCAAGCUGAUGAUUUUGACAAGCGGGAAAUAGUUGUUGAAAAGCGUAUAGCCCCUCUAGUGGCUGUGGCCAUAGGUGUUGGACUAGUAAGUCUUGGUGUUGAUGUACUCCUGAAAGUGAAGGGUUGUUGUGUCUUUUAUCGCUCCAUUUGCCGCAACGUCAAAGAUUUCGAUCGCAGGAAGAAAGUCGUUUCCCAUUACAUCAAGRUUAACAACCAGCAAUGGUCACAAGUGAAUAACAUUAAAAAUUGGGUAGAUUUGAGCAACCGACUGAACUCAGCCAUAUGGGUAGAAAUCCUACGAAUUGAAAUCGUUGAAGAAAUGAUCGUGAAACAUCUAGGUCCUGAAAUCAUCAAAGAGUUCAACAACGAACGAUUGAGAUUGAAGCAUGAAGUAGAAGCACAGAAUGAAACAGUGUUGGCCAUGACAUACCAACAAAUCAGUAAUCGKCUCCAGUCUCCCUUCGACAACGCAGAGGAUACAGCCAUGCGAAUCUCAGGCAUCACGGGAAUGGUUGGGGUCGAGAUAGCAUCAUCUGCAUUUAAAUACUUCAAGACAAAGCAGAUAAGCAACACUCUUCGUACCAGUUAUGGUGCUAAAUUGACGAGGGCUGCACCUGCUGCCAAGAAAGUCCUAGGGCUCUCAAGAGCAUCGACCACCAUGCAUAUCAAGCAGACUUCAAAGAGCGUCUUCAAAGCACAAUUCGCWGGUUCAAAGUACGCCAAGUUUGCAAAGGGUGCCGGUAGAUUUCUGGCUGUGGUUUCGAUAGCUUGGGACGUUUAUUCAAUCAUCAAGAAGAUUAAAGGUUGUAGAAAAGUGCGAAACARAUCUAGUGAAAGUGCCAGGAAAAUGCGUGAAGCUGAAGGACAAGCGAGGCAGCUGUACUACGAGUUAUACAGUUACAAGUAUAAUCUACUGGUCGGGGGAUUUAGAUUUCUCAAGGGGCAGCUAGUAUCCAAAGAUCUCAAAACGGUGCUUACAAGUUUCAUAGAAAUGGCAAGAUCCUCUCCAUCCGAAGCCAAAGACCUCAGAUCCACUGAACCCGUAUUUACAAAAUUCCUGAGAGAAAUUCAUGGCGCCAACCCUCAGAAAAUGCACAAACUUCAAGUACAAUUACUGGGCUCACUUAGAAAAAUCACCAUUUACUACGCAUGUUACUUAACAAAGGUCCAACUAGUCAAGUAUGUUUCUGAGCAUUGCAAGAAAGGAACGUCYAGUAUGCAAGACUUGUACAAUCGAGGAAACGCUGCGUUUGGUUCUAACAACAAAUACUGUAUUUUGAAAAAUGGCCUUCCUUACACUAGAUUCAGUGAUGUAGAAGCUCUAGUUAAAGACGACGCCAAUGUUCAAGAAUUCAACGCUGAUUGCAUACUGAACAGCGAAGCAAAGAAAAAAGAAGCAUGUAGCUACAAACAUAGUAGUUUCACAGCACAGCAAGCAGCCGCCAAAAUGACAGGAKUUACCGCUGCUCAAGUCGAAAUCAUCUAUAAAACCUGCCCCGAAAAACCUCUCACACCAAAUGACAAAAAUACCAUAUGCAUUUUGAGGACCGUGAAUAAGAAAUCUGAUGAGUUUAUAGCAAGCUUAUUGGGCUUCAAAGUGGAACGCGUCAAAGCCGUGAAAUGUUGAGGAGGUUACUAAAAUAUCAAUUUACACGGACAACUUUGGCACAACUAUUCACGAUAUUUCAUGCACAAUAUAUUUUCAACUUGUUAAAUCCGUACGUUAUUUACAUUUUUUGGUAGAUAUUUAGAAAGAGCGUUUGCACCGUUAACUAAUGAAUAUUAAUAAGUAUUAAUAACUUUAACUACUACAAAGMAUCUGCAAUGUAAAGACUUGUUUUUUCUUGGUUGAAACAAAUAAAAAAAGUCGAGAAGUA